CUUUAUUAGCAAUUUAAAACGAAACGGUAGAUUGUAUUUAUUUUUUAGUAUAUUUUGCAACUGUAAAUAUUAAAGAACAUUAUUCUAAAAGGUUUGGAGAGGGCAGGGGGUCAAGCCUGUUUAACAAAAGGAAACCUAGAAAAUAUUUAUUAUUUAAAAAGAGUUAUUUCAUGUAGCUAUUUUAAGUGUGUAAACGUAAUAGAAGUCAAAGGAAGUAGGGAUUGUGGUGUUGCGUUGUGCGGUACGUGUGAUGGUGGAGGGCGGUGGGACACUGCACGGGCACUGAGCGAUGUCGAACGUGGAGAACGUGUGCCCGCAGGUACUGCGCGGUGUGGUGCGCGAGGUGCGCCGGUUGGCGGCGGAUCCGCCCGCUGGCAUCAAGCUGCUGCUGCGGGAUAACGACAUCACUGACGUCGUGGCCCUCAUUGACGGUCCAGCGGACACGCCUUACGCCGGCGGUGUGUUCCGCGUGCGGCUGGCGCUGGGCAGGGAGUUCCCCGCCGCGCCGCCGCGCGCCUAUUUUCUGACCAAGAUCUUCCAUCCGAACGUGUCGGCGGCGGGUGAGGUUUGCGUCAACACGCUGAAGCGCGACUGGCGGCCGGAGCUCGGGCUGGCGCACGCGCUGCUGGCCGUGCGCUGUUUGCUCAUCGCGCCCAACGCGGACUCUGCGCUCAACGCCGAGGCGGCGGCAUUGCUCCGCGACCGCUACGACGACUACUUCGCACGCGCCAAACUCUACACCGACAUCCACGCGCGCCCCGACCACGCGCACUCGGCGCACGCCCACAAGCAGGAAUACCGCGACGUUGAGGUGAAUGCAGACCAGGGCGGGGAAGUGGGCGGGGAAGCGGGCGGGGAAGCGGGAGGGGAGGGCGCGGAGAGCGGCGAGGGAGCGCCGCGCCCAAAGCGCGAGCGGCGGACAGCCGGCGCCCGCGACACUCGCCGCAUCCUCAAGCGGUUAUAACGCCGCGCCCACAGCGCCCACCGCGCCCACAGCGCCCACCGCGCCCACAGCGCCCACAGCACCCACCGCGCCCACAGCGCUACCACCCGACCGACUGCGCAUGCGUGCGGUCUCGCGGCGAAUAUUUUCUUAAGUUCAAUUUAUCCACUACUUGUAAAAAUGUAUCUUUUAGUUUUAUUUCCUAGUAAAUCAUAAUAAUUAAAGUCACCAUUUUUUUCAUUCUCUUUUUGUCCUACUUAAAGGUUAAUGUUAUUCAGAAUUGAGAUGUAAAGUGAUCGACCAUAAUAA